AUGGACCAUUCGGAACUCGGGAGGCAAAUAGGACUACCCAAGGAGAAAAUGGACGCCCACAAGAUCGAGAGCGAAGUGCACUGGAAACACGGAUGGAUCGCGUACGACAAAACGGUCAAGACGCAGAAGAUCAAGGAGUACAACCGCCCAGACAUAAUAGUGGCGGAUCGACGGAGGAACAUGAUCACCAUCGUGGAAAUAGGAAUAACCAAUCAGGAGAACCUAGUGGAGACGGAGAACAUCAAGAGAGGGAAGUAUGAACACCUAAUUGAGAACCUGAAUGCGCAAACAUUAAACCAACAAACGAGAACCAGGGUAAUCUCCUACGUUAUGACGUGGGAGGGGAUAGUGACAAAAGACCACACCACGCAUAGGCAGAGCCUUGGCAUAUCGGAUCUCUCGGAAGCCCAUAUACAACGGGUAGUGAUCCAAGAAACACAAAAGCUAGUGUUGAGGGACAUGAAACCCAGAGAAGACUAUGACACUGAAUGA